GUAAGCAAGUAUGUAUGUGUAUCUAUUGAUUUAUUUCUGUGUGUAUUGUGUCUGUCUAUCUGUGUGAAUGUGGAGAGUUUGGGGUGAAUCUUGCUUGAUACCUGAUGUGGAUGGAUUGCUGUGUGCCUCUCAGUGCAGCAGCCUGUCAGUCCAGACGGCAUUUGACAGCUGUUUCUCACUCCACAUAUUUACACAAAGGUGCUGACAGAUUAGCAGCAGGAGUGGGAACUGCAGUGGCUGUAACUCAUAUGACUUCACUGGUACCAAUCCAGACCACCUGGCUUCCCCAGGGACAGGCUUGUGUCACCCUGACCUUACCUCUACCUAUACAUCUACCACUGCACUACAUUUGGAAUCUGGUUGAGUACAUGUACUCAGACCCAAGCCUGAUGUGCUUGGUGGUGUAUCCUGAAAAUUUGGAGAUCCAGGAGAACUCUGUCACCAAGAACAUGCAAAUGAAUGUCAUUGGGUGGCUGAUGGCAGCUCCUCAAGUGAACCCAGAGAUCACUGGGCUAAAGUACAGCAAGAUGAGUGCCUUGGAGAAGCUGUGCCUUGAGUUGAAGGCUGCAGUCACCAUCAGAAAAGAGCAAAGCUACAACAAGUCAUCCAAGUACUUUGUCAAGAAGGUUUAUGUUGAAGGCAACCUCCUGCACUGCUCUCAGGAGAACAGUGGGACUCAUGACCGCCUCCAAGACCCACAGAGGAUUGGAAGGCAUAAAUUCAAUCUUGGAUAACUAUUGACAUUUAAAACUGGUGACUCCACUUGUCAGAUUGUAGGUGGGAAAGUUUUAGGGUUGAUUGAUGGGAACAUUGUUGAUCUAAAUUCUUUUUUGGUAAAGUACUGUAAAUCACUUGCAUGUGAAGUUUCAAAUGGAUGAAAUAGCAUGAAUGGUUUUGUAGUUGAAUUGUUCUUUGUAGCUGGAAAAAAAAAUUAGGGUCGAUUGAUGGGAAAACUAUUGUUCAAAAUCCUUUUAUUGUAAACUAGAUCAUGUACAUAGUUGUGAAAUUUUUUUGGAAAUGAAAUAGCAUGAAUGAUGAUGAUGUUGUUUGUGUUGUACUAUGGGUAAACCAUUGGAAAAAAUGUAGUAGUUAUGAACAAAAUUGGAUUAACUAAACAUCACUGAGGUUGUAGUUGUGAAAUUUUGGUGUAAAUUAAUGUAAACAAUGAAAUACUUUAAUAAUCAUUAAAGUUUUAAUCUUAUAUUAGGAGUCAUUGGAAAUUAGCUAAAAUAAACACCCUUAUAUUAUCUUAACCCUAUAAUGACUAACCAACUUUCCUCUCAAAUCAUAGCAUAGUUUUAACACAAGUAAACAGUGCACAGCUUUGCCAAAUGUUGUCAUAAAUCUGUGUUGGAAAUAUAGUCUUCAUCAAGCAUUA